UCGUCUCCCGCGUUUUUGUGCCAGUAUAAUAACAUCACACGGAGUCGGAGAUGUUACACGUUAUGUUUAGCAUUUAAAUGUGCACACAUUAUAACGUACUUUUACAAGUUGGAGCACUAAUUCAUUUACUUCGUAUAUAAUUGAUAAAAUCACCAUAAUAGUGUAUUAUUUACAUUUAAUUGAAUAUGAGUUACUAGUUUGCUCGUGUUUGAUACGUACUCGACACCUCAUCAGACUUUGAAAGACUCAGUUUAUAAUUUCUUGUACUAUUCUGUAAUUGUCCGUUGAACAAGAACGUUUACGCAGUUGCUCAACUUUUUGUUUGACAAUUUUUGUCAUUUCAACGGUAUCAUGAAAACCGGAGGAUCUAUCAAAGUCUCUUCUAAUCAUUCAGCCGCUCCAGAGGAAAAGCUAAGGAAAACAUUGCAUCAGUUGCAACCCGCCGCAACUGACAAGGAAAAUUUAGUUGGUGCUGGGAGACGAUUGCGCUCAGCACUCAUGAGUAGAGACUCGAUUAAGAAUGAAAUGUCGGACAAAUUAAAAAUUGAUUUGAAAAAAUCAAUUGAUAAACCAAAAGCUGAUUCCUCAAAAAAAAGUAAUGACAAACUAAAGUCCAAAAAUCAAGCGAAAGAUUCGAAGAAAGAUGGUAGAAUAUUUAAAGAUAUUGGAAUUCAAGCUACCCCUACAAAUGAGCCUGAGAUAACAAGCAAAGAUCUCACUUCAGAAGAAGGACCUAGUGAAAAAUAUUGGGAGAUUGUAGCUGAACGAAGACGAGUUGCUCUUGAAGAGGCAUUGGAAGAAAAUCAUAUUCUAACUGAACAACUAAAAGUAUAUAAAGAUAUGUAUGCUGAAGCUAGCGCUUUGGUAGAAGUGUUGAAGGAAAUGAUUGGCGAGGAUGAUAAUAAUAUUGACAACUCUCUGGAUGAUAGUAGGCUAUGAUUUUGAAAGUAUAAUUUUUUUAUUUUAAAAAACUAUUAGAGUACAAAAUAAGAAUCUUUAAACUGUUUGUGUGUUGUGUUUUUAAUGAAAUUUUUCUAAUCAUGAAAAAUCUCUUAUCAAAUAAUUUUUCAUGUUCAUUUUAAUUUUAAUGUCAGAUAAUUUAAGAAUUAUAAUCUUAGUACUUAUUUUUUUAGCGAAAUCAGUAUAUACUUUUUGCGUUAAUAUUUAAUAAUUGAAUGACAGUUAAUGGUACGCCACUGUAAUUAAUAGUAUCGAUUUCACAAUGAUUUAUUUAAUCAUAAUAAACAUGUCAUUUAACGUA